CAUGCAGUAAUUGAGUGGCUUUAUCGACCAGGUGGAUUAUUUAUGAAACAAGCUGGCUUUCAAAAUCCAUUAAUGGCCGGAAAAUUAUUAACCAAUCACUUCACGGGUAUGAUCGACAUAGAA